AUGAGCGACUUCCGAGGCCCUGGGAACGGGCCGGCGGGUUUCGGACCUCUGUUUGAAGAGCAGCCGGUGGACACCAUCUACCCAGAGGAGUCACCGGAGUCCAAGAUCACCAUGAGCUGCCGCGCCCGAGCCGAUCCACCAGCAACAUACAAGUGGAUGUUUAACAAAGAGGAAAUUGACUUGAACGCGCUCGGGGACCACUACAGUUUAGCCGGAGGAAACUUGAUCAUUGCUUUUCCCACCAAGAGCAAACAUGUGGGAGAUUACGCGUGCCUGGCCUCCAACAAGUACGGCUCCGUCCUCAGCCGCUCCGCCUCGGUCCAGUUUGGAUACCUUGAUUUCUUCUCAUCAGAGGAGCGGGAGUCGGUGUAUGUGAAAGAGGGCCAGGGCGCCGUGCUGCUGUGUGCCCCUCCUCCACAUUAUCCAGCCGAGCUGUCGUUCAGAUGGAUCUUCAACGAGUUCCCCACCUUCAUCUCGGUGGACAAGAGGCGGUUUAUCUCCCAGAUAACGGGCAACCUUUACAUCUCCAAAGUGGAUUCGUCGGACAGCGGCAACUAUUCCUGUAUCGCGUCGAGUCCGUCCAUCUCCAAGAGCGUCUUUUCCAACUAUAUCCCCCUGGUGCCUAUAGCCGAGCGUCCCAUCAGGAAAUAUCCUGCUGAUCUCAAAGUCAAAUUCCCAGACGUCACAGCGAUGGUGGGACAAAACAUCACCUUGGAAUGCUUCGCUUUGGGAAAUCCGGUCCCUGAAAUACGCUGGAAGAAGCUGGACGGACCCCUGCCGGCCAAUCACGAGGUCCGCAUGGCCGGGACUCAUUUGCAUCUCAACAACAUCCAUAUUGAGGACGCCGGAGCAUAUCAGUGCGAGGCCAUAAACUCCAAAGGGAAGGAUUACCACUCUGCACGGCUGUCUGUGGAAGCCGUCCCACAGUGGGUGGAGUACAUCAACAACACCGAAAAAGGCCUUGGCAGCGAGCACUCCAUGUCCUGUGUAGCCAGCGGAAAACCCAAACCCCACAUCCGAUGGCUCAAAAACGGAAAACCGACGGUGAGGAGCGCCAUGACGUUCAGGGCCUUGACGUUUGAGGACGGGGCCAUGUACCAGUGUGUGGCGGAGAACAGACACGGGGUCAUCUACGCCAACGCCGAGCUGCGAGUGUUCGCCUGCGCUCCCACGUUCGCGCACAGUCCGGUGAAGAGGGUGCUGGCAGCGAGGAACGGCAGAGUGGUGAUCCAGUGUCGGCCCAAAGCUGCCCCUGAGCCCUCCAUCUCCUGGAGCAAAGACACAGAGCUGCUCCACAACUCUACCAGGGUUUUCAUCUGGGAAGACGGAAGCCUGGAGAUACUCAACGUGACCCGGGCCGAUGAAGGCAGAUACACCUGCUUUGCUGAAAACGACCGGGGCAAAGCCAACAGCACCGGAUCUCUCCUGAUUACUGAUGCCACAAAGAUCACCUUAGCUCCGGCCAAUGCAGAUAUCAAAGUGGGAGAAGCGGCCUCCAUGCAGUGCGCCGCGUCACAUGACCCCUCCCUGGACAUUACCUUUAUCUGGGCUCUGGAGGGGCAGGUGAUCGACCUCCACAAGGACAGCCAGCACUAUGAGCGCCCCCUGAACGGCAGCUCUAACGGCGAGCUCGUCAUCAGAAACGUCCAGCUGAAGCAUGCUGGGAACUACAGCUGCACAGCCCAGACUCCUGUGGACAACGUGACCACCUCUGCACACCUGCUGGUCCGAGGUGCCCCGGGAGCCCCUGGAGGAGUCCGAGUGGUGAACAAAACGGAAAAAAGUGUGACGCUGCAGUGGAGCAAAGGAGCGGACAACCACAGCCCCAUUUCCAGAUACACCAUACAGUACAAGGACCCGUACAGUAAAGUCUGGAAGAACGCCACCACAUCUGCGAUCGUGGAAGGGAACUCUGAGUCGGCCACAGUGGUGGAUCUGUUUCCAUGGACAGACUAUGAGUUCAGGGUCAUCGCCACCAACACACUGGGAACCGGGGAACCAAGCAGCCCGUCACCCAAAGAAAAGACUUCCGAAUCAUUUCCGGUGGUGGCACCCUCAAAUGUCACUGGAGGCGGAGGGACCAACGGAGAACUCAUCAUCACAUGGAAGCCCGUGGAGCCGCAGUACUACUUCGGACCAAACUUCGGCUACAUCCUGGCCUUCAAACAAACACACACAUAUGAAUGGAGGUAUGUGACGGUGGCCGAUCCCCAGGCCAAGCGCUACGUCCAUAAAGACUCCGGAAUCCCUCCAAUGACCAAGUUCCAGGUCAAAGUCAAAGCGUUCAACAGCAGAGGAGAGGGGCCCUACAGCGCCACCGCCAACAUCUUCUCUGCACAGGACAUGCCGUCGAAAGCUCCGCAGAUAAUAAGCGGUAAAGCACUGUCCGCAACAGUGGCUGUUUUCUGGUGGGUGUGCCUCAAUCAGAGCACAAUAGACGGAUACCAGGUGCGGUUCUGGCGGACUCAUAAAGACCCGGAGGAACGAGAUCAUACACUGAUAGUGCCCAGUAAGGAGAACCACACCAGGCUGGACGGACUGAAACCGGACUCACUCUACUUCAUAGAACUCCGAGGAUUCAACUCAGCAGGAUACGGCCCUCCCAGUGAAGCCCUUCAGAUUCACACCAAAAAAUCACCUCCUAGACAAGCCCCUAAAAUCGCAAAGAGAUUUAACAGGGGGAUGGUGAAUAUUUCCUGGGAGGGUGUGAAACCAAAGGAAAACGAGGCGCCGGUGAAUGAGUACAGAGUGCUGUAUAGAAAAGUUGGCCACUCCGCAGGAAUUUUGUUUAACACCCAAAAACUUUACAUUGACCUCCCCGUGCACGGCGACGGUAACUACGUGGUGGAGGUCCGGGCGCACACAGACGGAGGGGACGGACCUGUGGGACAAGUCGAAAUCCUAAGUGGACACGCCAUGGCCCUGCAGUCGCUUCUCUUAUUCCCCCUGCUCCCAGUGGCUCUGCUCUGCCUAAACCUUUGA